AUGCCGCCCGGUGAGAGAAAUGUCGAACCACAGAAAAAACGUUCAAAUAAAGUACGGCGCAAAAAUCAAAAAUCAAAACCCAAACCACGAACAACAGAUAACAAGGAUCCAAAAAAUUCAAUAAAAAUUGCUCGUGAUGGAACUCAACGUGAUUUCAAUAAAUUAACACCAGCUAAUUUAUCUUCUCUUCGUUGGGAUAACGCCGUAACUGAUGCGACACUUGAAGACGAUCGUAUUGAACAGUAUAAGGAACUUCGACGGCAACGAUAUUGUGAAGCUCGAGAACAAGCAAUUCAAACUUUAGUUGAAAAAAUGAAAAAAACUCCUAUGAAUGUCUCAGACAAAUAG